AUGAAAUCAAGCAUCAAUUCAAGGCGAAAAUGGAUCGGUUUUAUUUGGCUUUUUAUUGAAGUGAAUCUUAUCAGUGCAAAUAUUUUUGGAUUUCCUGCACUUUUCAAAAUAUUACCAAAUUAUGGUGUAUACAGUAAUUAUUGUCAAUCAUCAAAUCUAACUAAUUCAACUGAACAAGAUUGUAGUCGUCAAUCACAACAAUAUCAAAAUGCAUUGACGUUGGGUAUUAUUUUUUUUAAUUUACCAUCAAUAAUUGUUGGUAUAUUAAUUGAUAAAUUUGGCGGUCGUUUUGUAAAAUUAAUUGGAAUAGUAUUUCAUGUUGUAGGAUGGUUAGCAUUGGCACUUGUUAAGUCUGAUAAGUAUCUCCAAAAAAAAAAAAAAUCUCUCGUCUUACUAAUUUCUUUUAUAUUUUUGAUAAUUUUAGAUCGAGAUUCACUAUUAUUUAUUCAUACAUUAUUUACAGCACUAUCCGGUAUUAUUGUACAACUAACAAGUUUUUCAGCAUGUAAUUAUUUUGCCGAAGGACGAGCAUUUUUAUUAACUUUACUUGUUGGUUCGAGUUUGUCAGCAUCAAUGUGGUAUUCAGUUUUUCAAAUUUUAAUUGAUAAUGGUAAAUUAACAUUAUCACAAUUAUCUUAUAUCUGGAUGUCAUUUGGAAUAUUCAUGCUUUUUUCAUCAUUUGAAUUUCUCGAUUGGAAAUUUCAAAUAUUAAAUCUUGGAUAUACAUUUGAUACAAAAUUAGAACAAACUAAAACUGUUACAAUCGAGAACACGAAGAUUGAAACGAAAUGGUAUGGAAAAAUUCGUCAACGUAUUGGAAUUUGGGAACAUAUAACAAAUCCAUUGUAUAUUUUUGUCGUCCUUUAUUUAAGUUUUCUAUUAAUGCCGAGUAUUCUUUUAUCGGUUACUUGGUAUCCAUGGGUUUAUUACAUUAAUCAUAAUGAUAAAACAAAAAGUGAUCAAUAUACAUUUGCAUUCAAUAUGACAUCAUUAUCUCAAAUUUUUCUUUGUCCACUUGUUGGUUUUCUUCUUACAUUUCGAGCAGAUAAAAGUUCAAAACAAAAAAUAUUGAAUACUUCAAUUGCUCAAACAUGUUCAUGGAUUUUAAAUAUAAUACUAUGUAUUAUUUGUAUGUUUGUCAAGACUACUGUUGUUGUUCCUGCAUUAGUUUUUAACUAUAUUGGACGAUCAGCUAUUGUAGCUGGUUCACAAGCAGUUGUUGGUACUUUUUUUCCAUCGGAAUAUAUUGGUAGAUUGACUGGCAUUAUGUGGACAUCAGCAGGAGCGAUCACUUGUAUUCAAUAUGGAUUAGUUCAAUUAACAACUGAUGUAUCUCAAUCUUGGAAAGCUGGGAUUAUUGUUUUAAUAUUGGUUGUAUUUAUGUCGUGUCAUUUGGUUCAAAUUUGGUAUAUAACUAUUAGAAAAUAUCGAAAGCCAAUACCUGAUGUCACUUACUUUUAA